AUGGAUUACUCAGAGGUUUCAGAGGCAGAAGAAGAGCAGAUGGAUUCAACGGAAGAGAUGCCUAGAAAAAGAGAACUUCUGCAAUCUGCGUUGCUUUCGAUGGAACAUAAUUUCGCCGUCACGAAACAGAUGCUUUUCAAGGAAAAACAUCAGUUUUACGAAAAGAAACUCAAAGAGCUCAGAGAAAAGCAACGACUAGCGGAUAAGCUGGAAGGAAAGCUCUUCGAACUCAGGGAAAGUCUCAAGAAAUCGCGGAAGACGAAAUUCGCCUUUCCGAUCGCGAAAAAGAAGAGACGAAACUCCAUGGCUGAGCUUCCUUCCAUCGUUUAUCAUCUGACAGACAACGAGAUCGACACUGAUCUUCAAGCGUUCCGGAAGAUCGCCAAGGCCAGCGGUCGAAAGCGCGUUUCAAGCACUGCCAAUUCAAAAAAUUCAACUACUGAAAAUGUUAUUACUCUCGAAUGCUCUGGUAUUGAUAUGCUAUAA